CAAUAGAAAAUGGCUAACUAUCUUGCUGUAAAAGGCAGCUGUCUCAUUUUGAACUGGACUCUCCCUGCAAACUAGGCAUGUAUUGGACGAUCACACUAGCAUCACUUAUAUUGAACGCAAAAAAUCUGCUGCAGAUUAUCUGGCUUCUGUUUUCAGUGACCAAAUGGGUGCCGCUAGUUUGUGACAAACACACUCCUUACAAUUCUCUACCUCCUCCUUGUUCACAACCCAAUCUCAAACUCAAAACAGUUUCAUAUGAAUUGAAACUCUAGACUCAAGCACAAACACCAAAAACCCAAUAUGGAAUCUCCUCCAAAACCACUUCCAGACCUCCCGAUCACCACCACCACAACCACCACAACCACCACGCCCACCACUCCAAACCCAAAGAAGCUCACUCUCAUCCCUCUCAUUUUCCUCAUCUACUUCGAAGUCGCCGGCGGCCCGUAUGGCGAAGAGCCUGCAGUUCAAGCCGCCGGCCCCCUUCUCGCCAUUCUCGGCUUCCUCAUCUUCCCUUUCAUCUGGAGUGUCCCCGAGGCUCUCAUCACCGCCGAGCUCUCCACCACCUUCCCCGGCAACGGCGGCUUUGUCAUCUGGGCCGACCGGGCUUUCGGGCCUUUCUGGGGAUCCUUAAUGGGAACCUGGAAGUUCCUCAGCGGCGUCAUAAAUAUUGCAGCAUUCCCAGUUCUGUGUAUAGAUUACAUGGAGAAGGUAAUCCCUGCUCUUGAAUCAGGGUGGCCUAGGUACCUUGCUGUGGGUGUUUCAACUCUGUUUCUUUCGUUUCUCAACUUUACUGGCUUAGCUAUUGUGGGAUAUGUUGCUGUGGUUCUUGGUCUUGUUUCGCUUUCGCCUUUUAUAGUCAUGUCUUUGAUCGCCAUACCGAAGAUUAAACCCCAUAGGUGGUUGAGUUUGGGGCAGAAGGGUGUGAAGAAAGAUUGGAACUUGUUCUUCAACACCCUGUUUUGGAACUUGAACUUUUGGGAUAAUGUUAGUACUUUGGCAGGAGAAGUAGAAAAGCCUCGGAAAACUUUUCCCAAGGCUCUUUUUGUGGCUGUGAUAUUCACUUGCAUGGCUUAUUUGGUCCCUCUUUUCGCUGUGAUUGGAUCGGUCAAUGUGGAUCAGAGGAAAUGGGAAUCCGGGUUUCAUGCUGAGGCUGCUGAAAUCAUUGCUGGCAAGUGGUUGAAGUAUUGGAUUGAAGUUGGUGCUGUGUUGUCUGGUAUUGGUCUUUUUGAAGCUCAACUAAGCAGCAGUGCUUACCAAGUUCUUGGUAUGGCAGACAUAGGAUUCUUGCCUAGGUUUUUCGCGGUUCGAUCCAAGAGGUUUGAUACCCCAUGGGUUGGAAUUUUGAUUUCCACACUGAUCACUCUUGGAGUUUCCUACAUGAAUUUUACGGAUAUAAUUUCAUCUGCAAAUUUCUUGUAUAGUUUGGGAAUGUUAUUGGAGUUUGCGUCUUUCAUUUGGUUGAGGAGGAAGAUGCCAACAUUGAAGAGGCCUUACCGAGUUCCGAUGAAGCUGCCAGGUUUGGUGAUCAUGUGUUUGAUUCCAUCUGGGUUUUUGAUUUUUGUGAUGGCUAUUGCUACCAAGACUGUGUAUUUGGUUAGUGCUAUAAUGAGCGUGGCUGGAAUUGGAUGGUUCUUUUUGAUGAAAUAUUGCAAGGCAAAGAAGUUGUUCAAGUUCAGUGCUAAUGAAAUUGAAGAUAUUGAAGAAGAAUGACCAAGAGAAGUUGUGUGGUUAAUGUUGGAGUUGUAGAAGGAUGGUUGGAUAGUUCUCCUGGCAUAACAUUUAACAGCUGCAAGAAACAGUUUUAGGUGCCUUAUUUCUGGCUAUGCCUCUUAAAUCUUAGUUGCUACAUAUAGGUUCAUCCUUUGUAAUUAAGAAAUAGUUAUUUUGCUUA